UCUUCAACAACACCAUGAAGGGCCUCGCGCUCGCCGCCCUCCUCCCCGCCCUCGUGGCCGCAGAGCACAUCCGCGGCGUCGACCCAGCAUUCGAGGACAAGUACGCACCCUCCCUCGCCGACUUCACCUGUCUCGACGGCUCCAAAACCAUCCCCAUGUCCGCGGUCAACGACGACUACUGCGACUGUCCCGACGGCUCCGACGAGCCCGGCACCUCGGCCUGCGAAGGCAGACCCCACGCCUACUUCUACUGCCGCAACGACGGGCACAUCCCCGCCCGCAUCCUCAGCUCGCGCGUAAACGACGGUAUUUGCGACGACGCGUGCUGCGACGGCUCGGACGAGUGGGCGACCGGCGCGUGUCCUAACCGCUGCGCUGAUAUUGCUCGCGCACACAAGGAGCGCAUCGAGCGCGAGGGCAAGAUCCGGCGCACGGGCGCCAAGAUCCGUGGGACAUACGUCGCAUUCGCACAGAAAGAGAAGAAGCGGCUGCAGGACGAGAUCGCUGCCAAGCGCGUCGAGGUGCGCGAGCGCGAGCGGCAAGUGGCCGAAGCCAAGGCGGCGCUCGAGAACGCCGAAGCGCAGAGCCGCGAUGACUUGGAACGCAAGAAGUCGUCCCCUCUAUACAAGGCGCUGGAGGAGCACCGGGAGGCGGUGAAGCGGCUGCGCGACCAGCUGCGCGCGACACAGGACGAUCUCGGCACCGUACUCGGUAUCUUGGACGAGCUCGCGAAGGGGUACAACCCCAACGGGCAGGACAUGGCUGUGAAGGCUGCGGUUGUGGGAUACCGCGAGCUGAUAGGGGAUGCUGAGCCCGAAGGCGAGGAGACGCCCGAGGCCAAGCUCCACACUGUCCGGGCGCCGGACGAGCACCUCUCAGGCUUUGACGUCGAGCGCGUCGUCAACGUCGACCUGGAGAGCUUGCUCGUGGACGAGGCGGCCGACGACGACGACGACGGCCUCCUCUACCGUCUCGAAGAGUACAUCCCCGACUCGUUGUACGAGUACUACUACUCUGCGCGCGAGGCGUUCGUGGGCGCGCUCACGAGCAUGGGCGUGUUGAAGAAGGAUGUGGUCGCGCACGACGGCCCGCACGUGUCCGCCGCGCGCGAGCGGUACAAUGCCGCAGAGCGGGAGCUGAAUGCGGUGCGCAGCGCCAUCUCUGGCGCCGAAGAGACGCUCGAGCAGAUCGGGAACAGGCACUGGUUCGGCCCCGAAGGCGAGUGGAAGAAGCUCGACGGCACGUGCGUCGAUACCGUCGCGGGAGAUUACACGUACGAGCUCUGUUUCUUCGGCAAGGCGACGCAGAAGAGCAACAAAGACCACUCGAGCAACAACCUCGGCCACUUUGUCGAGUGGAACCCUGCAGCCAAGCCCGGCGAGUAUGCGUACUACACCAAGAUGGCAUAUCGGAACGGCGCCAAGUGCUGGAACGGGCCGAUGCGCUCCGUCAACGUCGAGCUCGAGUGCGGCAAGGAGAACGCGCUGCUCGCCAUCACAGAGCCCGAGAAGUGCGAGUACAACUUCAAGGUCACGAGUCCCGCGCUGUGCUGGCCGCUUGAGGAUGCUGGUAAGCCUGUAGUCAAGGAGGAUGUGGUCAGCGAGGCUGCCAAGGACGAGCUGUAGACCUGUAGAGCAUGUUAUAGGAAAUGCAGUUACGACGGCAAGCGGUUGACUAACGCGAUCAUGGAUGCCGACCAUCCCACACCCACACCCAUACCCCCUACCCCCACCCCCCCAC